AAAAAUAUCUUCCGGUUAUCGUCUUCGACGGGAAGUCCCCGACGAACAGAGUUUUCACUGCCGGUGUUGACUUUAAACUCUCCUUGAUAUCAGAUCGGCGCCAAAAUCAAGACGAAAAUGAGAAACACGAGAAUCGUGAUCUUGAGUUUGGUGUGUUUAGCCUUUCUCUCCGUAGUCAAAGCUCUUUCUCACGAACCAGAACUUGGCUCGGCUCGUGUCGUCUUCCAGACUAGUUAUGGGGAUAUCGAAUUCGGAUUCUAUCCCAAGGUUGCACCCAAGACAUUGGAUCACAUCUUCAAGCUCGUUCGUUUAGGUGGCUACAACACUAAUCAUAUCUUCAGGGUUGAUAAAGGUUUUGUUGCUCAAGUUGCAGAUGUGGCCAAUGGAAGAUCAGCGCCAAUGAAUGAGGAGCAGAGGAAAGAAGCUGAGAAGAAAAUUGUGGGAGAGUUUAGUGAUGUCAAGCAUGUGAGAGGUACUCUUUCCAUGGGAAGAUAUGAUGAUCCAAACAGUGCACAAUCUUCGUUUUCGAUGCUUCUUGGUGAUGCUCCUCAUCUUGAUCGCAAGUACGCUGUGUUUGGUAAAGUUACCAAAGGAGAUGAAACAUUGAGGAAGCUAGAAGAAGUUCCCACUCGCCGUGAAGGGAUCUUUGUAAUGCCGACGGAGAGGAUCACGAUUUUGUCGACAUACUAUUACGACACUGAAAUGGAGAGCUGCGAAGAGGAGCGAUCUGUCCUUAAAAGAAGGCUUCAAGCAUCUUUUGUGGAGGUUGAAAGACAGAGAAUGAAGUGCUUCCCGUGAAUCUACUAAGUAAGAACUCUUCAAGAAGAUCAAAACGCUCAGGGAACACAAAAGGUGAAUGGGUGUCUAGUAAAAAAAAAAGUUUGUUGUUAAAAACUCAGAAUGCUACACAUAAUUUCAGAUUAGUUUUUGAGUUUUAACAGUGAAAAACUGGUUGAGAACAUUUGAUCAUGGUUUGUUUCCUUCAUGGUCUGCAAAAAUCUGAUUCAACCGGGACAAAUCCCAGGUUCUGAGCACCAAAUAGUCAAAUUCUGAACUAGUGAAAAUAGCUCGAGAGGAAAAUAGCAACAACACAUGUG